AUGGCUGAAAGAAGUCAUACUACAAGAAGCGAAGAUCUUGCACGUUCUGCAAUUCAAAUGAUUGCUUCUAGAAAUGGAGAAAAUAUGGAUUUCAAUCGUUUACAGAGCAAGCUAAAUAUUGAAAGUAGAUCUGAACUCUUAGAUUGUUUACUAGAUUAUCCACAAAUAUUUGCAUUUUGCCGUGAACAUGGGAGAUCAGAAAUGGUUAAUUUGGUUGUACAAGUUAAUCUAUGUCCAGAUUACUGCUCAGAAUCUAAUUGUGAUGACAGAGAUUGUCCAAUGUUUCAUAUCUGUAAGUUCUACAUUUUAUCAGAUGGGUGUCUGUCAAAGAGGAAUACCUGUAAAUAUGGACAUGCCCUUAAUAGUGAACAUAAUAUAAAACUUUUCCGUGCCUUGCUACUGGAUGAUCUUCCCUAUAAAUAUUUACAGAAACUCUUUCGGCUGCGAAGAAACAGAACCGAAGCCAGCAUACCAAGAAUUUGUUCAUUUUAUAAUGUGAGCAGAGGCUGUUCAAAAGGUGGGAAAUGUACAAGUUUGCAUAUUUGUGAGCAUUAUGUUUGGGGUAAUUGUAAGUUUGGUCGUGGUAAAUGUAAUCGUAGCCACGAAAUUCUGAAUAAUGAGAAGAUUUUAAAGAGAUUUGGAAUAAACACAGAAAGAAAUCAAUCUGCUAUUUUGGGAGAAAUUAAAGACAUGUAUGACAUGAUUGAAGAAAGAAAGGCACGAAAUGCAAACUAUAGUAGACCUAAUGAAGUUGAUUACAAUAAAACAAGAGGCCCUAGAAAUAAUAUGGAUUCUUACACUCCAAGAGCACAGAUGGUUGACACUUUUAACAAUAUGACUAUUUCACAGCAAGCAACUAGUAAUGGUUCUGUAGGACACUCUUACAACAGACAACACAGAGAACAGUUGAACAGAUCAUGGUAUACACCUAUUCAACAAUCUAGGAGUCGACAAAUGCAGCUGAUUCAAUCUCCUGUAGCUUAUCCCAUUCAGCAUCCACAACCAGGACAACGCCCAGGACUGAGAUAUAAUUCAGCACCAUCCUGCCAUACCAGAUCUCAAAGCCAUCAUCAAGGAAAUCGCAAACUUUUCUCCAAAGCCAGACGAUUUGGCAGCAGUACUAAUAUUGCCACUCAGUCAAACGAACCUACUAUUUGUCAAUAUUAUUUGGCUGGGAAUUGCCGUUAUAAAAACCAUUGUAAAAAUAUACAUCCACGGAAUGAUGAUCAUUCAAGUGAUAGUGAAAGCGAAGGAGAUAGUGAUAGAACCUACACAUCAGAUGAAUCAGAUGAUAAUUAA